AUGGAAGUGGAUAAAAAGAUGCUCAUUGGACUACACCUCGGAAAUGGGUACGGUUCUCAAGCGGGUGCGUGGCGUAUGCGGGGAGUGGAUCCUCAAAGCUAUACGAGUUUUGAUGCUCGUGUAAAACAAGCACAGGCUGCAGAGCGUGGCAAAUUUCAGUUUAUAUUUUUGCCUGACGGCCCGGGUGCAGUAAUAACGGAUAUUGCAACUGAAUCUCCGGCUUUUAAUCUUGAUGUGAUGAUGACCUUGGCCGCCGUAGCAAGAGAAACCGAAUAUAUAGGCUUAGUAGCUACUGGAUCGACGACAUUUAACGAGCCUUUCAACCUGGCGAGACAGUUCAAGGCUUUGGAUGUUAUGAGCCACGGAAGAGCUGGCUGGAAUGCAAUUACAUCAAGCGGUGAAGAUGUUGCUGCUAACUAUGGAAGAAAAAUUCCUUCAAGCCAUGAUAGAUAUGGUCGCGCACACGAGGUUAUUCAACUAAUCCAAUCACUUUGGGGAAGCUGGGGCAAAAAUGCCUGGGUGCAUGAUCAGGAAAGUGGGAAGUUUGCAAACAAAGAUCAAAUACUUCCUAUUAAUUUACAGGGCAAAUUUGUCGGUUCACGAGGGCCACUUUAUAUUCCACCAUCCGAACAGGGACAGCCAAUCAUUUUUCACGCAGGCGGUAGUCCCAAUGCACACGAAUUGGCAGGGCGCUUUGCUAAUGUGAAAAUUGUUGUUAUCGGACCGGAGUCUACCGGUAAAAGUACUCUUUGUGAGGGCCUUGCCAGGGCCUUAAAUACCCUAUGGAUACCAGAGCACGCCCGGCAAUACCUGCUGGACCUGAACCGUGACUAUACAGAAGAUGAUCUGCUCCGGAUAGCAAUGGGCCAGUUAAGGGAUGAAGAGGAAGCCUUGAAAAAAGCCAACCGCUACCUGGUUUGUGAUACAGACUUGUAUGUAUUGAAAGUAUGGGCAGAAUCCCGGUAUGGAAGAUGCCACCGGACGAUCCUGGAAAACAUUGCCACCAGGCCUUAUGAUCUAUACCUCCUCACUUAUAUUGAUAUUAACUGGGAAGCGGAUCCGCUCCGGGAACAUGGACUGCCACAGGAGCGGCAUUAUUUUUAUAGCCAGUAUCGUGAUAUAGUUAUCAAUAGUGGCGUACCUUGGAUAGACAUUCGGGGGCCGCAUGAACAACGGUUAAAGAACGCGCUUCACGCGGUUCACAAACUCGAUCCCGCUAUCUGA